CGGCCUUGCCCCAUCGCCGUGAGGCCCAUGACUACUCUGUGUCUGUUGUCCACCUUUCUAUUUAAGCCUCGUAGAAACCCUACCUUCACUCUUCUGAAGAAGGGAAAAAACCCUAGACUCCAUUGAAGCUUCGUUUCUUUAUCACACACAGCUGCAACAAUGCCUUUCAAGCGGUACGUAGAGAUCGGGAGAGUUGCUCUCGUAAACUACGGGAAGGAUUAUGGGAGGCUCGUUGUGAUAGUAGACGUCAUCGACCAGAAUCGGGCUCUUGUUGAUGCUCCUGACAUGGUGAGAAGCCAAAUGAAUUUCAAGAGGCUCUCAUUGACAGAUAUUAAGAUUGACAUCAAGAGAAUCCCAAAGAAGAAGGCCCUGAUUGCUGCUAUGGAAGCAGCAGACGUCAAGAACAAGUGGGAGAAAAGUUCAUGGGGUAGGAAGCUGAUUGUCCAAAAGAGAAGGGCCUCUCUCAACGAUUUUGACAGGUUCAAAAUCAUGCUAGCAAAGAUCAAGAGGGGUGGAGCUAUCAGGCAAGAGCUUGCGAAGCUGAAAAAAGAGAGUGUCUGAAUAUAGAUUGAUGUGGGAAAUCGAUUUUGUUACUUCUGAAGUUGUCGGCAGUCCUUAGUUUUUUGUUUUCUUGCUUUGGUUUUCUGUUGCUUCUUUUUAGAAUGUAAGAGCAUUUCAACUGGACAUAAUAUGGGUCAUUCUAUCAGAUUUGAUCACUUUUAAGUGAGACUUAAUUAUUCUUCAGGAAGAUGCUCAUUGGCUUGCGACCAUUAUUUUGCUCUUAUGUACACAUUUUGGAGCCCCCAUGGAGGUUUAUGUUCUUACAAUGGUCAUGCUUUCAAUUC